CUCUUUACGGUCAAACACUUGCGGCUGUAAUGCGUGCGGUGAGAGUGUGUGCAGCGCCCCUGGCCUCGAAUGAAACACACUGGAUCAGCAGCAGCUUUUUUUCAUUGAGGGAAACUGAGCGAAAGAAGGGGGCUGUCAGAGACAUCAAGCGGACUGUAUUUCAGGAGCGGGGGCCAAAAAACCCAGGCGAGCAAGCGUGUGAAGGCCAAUCGUGUUUAGCCAGAUAAUGACGGAGGUUAGCGAGAUAUUGAUGUCGGUUCUGUCUACGAUUCGGGUUCCGAGGCCCGGAGAUAGUGUUCACAAAGACGAGUGCGCCUUCUCAUUCUCCAGCCCGGAGAGUGAGGGAGGCUUGUAUGUCUGCAUGAACAGCUUUCUCGGCUUUGGAAGUAAGUAUGUAGAAAGACACCACGCCAAAACCGGUCAGAGAGCUUACCUGCACAUCACCCGGACCCGGAAAACACAGAAGGAGGAUGAAAACAAUUCUGGAUCAGGUGACCCUCCGAAAAAGAAGCCCACAAGACUAGCCAUUGGGAUUGAGGGAGGGUUUGAUGUAGAGCAGGAGCAGUAUGAGGAAGAGGUCAAGGUGGUUCUGUUCCCAGACCGACAGGAAGUGACAUCAGAGGAUCUAGCGUCGAUGCCAGAUGUUGUUCGGGAACGGGUGUCUCUGUCGAUGGCGGGGCUGCAGGCAGCAGACUCAGUGUCACACAUUUUGCAGGUGCAGCAGUGGGACGGAGAAGUGCGACAGGAGUCAAAAUACGCAGCUGAACUUAAACAACUUGACAAUGGGGUCAAAAUCCCUCCGAGUGGCUGGAAGUGUGAGGUCUGUGACCUACAGGAAAACCUAUGGAUGAAUCUGACAGAUGGGAAGGUUUUUUGUGGGCGGAAAUAUUUUGAUGGCUCAGGGGGGAAUAACCAUGCCCUCCUGUACUACCAGCAGAGUGGAUACCCAUUGGCUGUCAAACUCGGCACAAUAACACCUGACGGAGCAGAUGUCUAUUCAUAUGACGAAGAUGAUAUGGUAUUAGACUCUAAGCUUCCAGAACACCUUUCUCACUUUGGCAUCGAUAUGAUGACUAUGGAAAAGACGGAAAGAACCAUAACUGAGCUGGAGAUCGCAGUGAAUCAGCGUGUGGGAGAGUGGGAGGUGAUUCAGGAGUCAGGUUCCACUCUGAGGCCCCUGUGGGGCCCGGGGCUCACCGGUAUGAAGAACCUGGGAAACAGCUGCUACCUCAACUCUGUCAUGCAAGUGCUCUUCACCAUCCCAGACUUCCAGACCAAAUACGUUUCCAACAUCGACAAGGUCUUUAAUGAGGCGCCCAGUGACCCUACCCAGGAUUUUAAGGCUCAAGUAGCAAAGCUGGGUUAUGGCCUUCUGUCAGGAGAGUACUCUAAGCCGGCCCCUGACCCCGGAGACGACCCCAGUACCUCUACUGAACCCAGGGGUGACCAGCUUGGCAUAGCACCUCGCAUGUUCAAAGCUCUGGUUGGACGAGGCCACCCUGAGUUCUCUACCAAUCGGCAGCAGGAUGCGCAGGAGUUUCUUCUUCACUUUAUAAAUAUGGUGGAGAGGAACUGUCGGUCAGGCAUGAAUCCCUCAGAAGCUUUCCGCUUCCUAGUGGAGGAGAAGAUCGUAUGCCAGCAGUCACAAAAGGCCAAAUAUACCCAACGAGUGGACUACAUAGUCCAGCUGCCUGUUCCCAUGGACCAGGCAACUAAUAUGGAGGAGCUACAAGAAGCAGAGCGUCGCAGGGAGGAGGCGGAUUCAUCUGGAGCCCCUCCCCCUGCCGCACCACGUGCUCAAAUCCCAUUUGCUGCCUGUUUUGCUGCUCUUAGCGAACCGGAAACACUCACAGAUUUCUGGAGCUCUGCAGUACAAGCCAAAACCACUGCCACAAAGACCACUCGCUUUGCUUCAUUUCCUGACCAUCUUGUCAUCCAAAUUAAGAAAUUCACCUUCGGCCUGGAUUGGGUUCCUAAAAAACUAGAUGUGAGCAUUGACGUUCCUGACACACUGGAUCUGAGCGCGCUCCAUGCUAUGGGACAGCAGCCAGGGGAGGAGCUUCUGCCAGAGGUGGCUCCACCUCCUCUCAUGACCCCUGAUGUGGAGGUUAAAGGUAUCCUGGGUUCCCACGGCAACGAGGAGGACGACUCUCUCUACUCCCCACUGCUGUCUCCAGUGUUGGAUGACUCCACAGUGUCUCAGCUGUGUGAGAUGGGUUUUCCUCUGGAGGCCUGCCGGAAGGCCGUGUACUACACAGGCAACACUGGCAUCGAUGCUGCUAUGAACUGGGUGAUGGGACACAUGGAAGACCCUGAUUUCUCAGCACCUUUAGUGUUGCCUGGAUCUAGUUCUGCUCCUGGCACCACUCCCACGGAGAGUCUACCUGAGGAACAUCUAGCAACUAUUGUUUCUAUGGGAUUCAGUCGAGACCAGGCCACUCGCGCUCUCAGAGCUACGAAUAAUGUUCUCGAGCGAGCCGUGGACUGGAUCUUCUCUCAUCUGGAUGAUCUGGAGUCCAUGGAUGUGUCUGAGGGUGGGCGCUCAGAGGGAGGAAGUGAAACCAGUCGGGAACCUCCUCCAGGGCCGCGUGUCCGUGAUGGACCAGGAAAGUACGAGCUUUUUGCGUUCAUCAGUCACAUGGGAACGAGCACAAUGUGUGGUCAUUAUGUCUGCCACAUAAAGAAGGACCAACAGUGGGUAAUCUUUAACGAUCAGAAAGUUUGUGCCUCUGAGAAACCACCAAAGGACCUGGGCUACCUGUACUUUUACCGAAGAGUGGUGGAAUAGAGUAAACUAGAAUAGCAUUUUUCUCUCUCUCACACACACACACACACAUACACACUCAUCUGUGUCUGAUCUACUGAAACAGUAGGCCCAGGCUCCUGCUUCUAAACUGAUGCACCAUUUAAUAAGUCAAAGCACUUCUCCAUCAAAUAUAUUCACUACUAAGAGAACCCAGAC